UGACGUUUUGACUCCUAAAAGAUUUUCAUAAUUAUUUCCUAGUUUCAAAUAAAAUAAUAUAAAAACAAUGUCGGUGUUCGACGGCGAAAUAGAAUUUAAAUCGGUUUAUAUGAAUGACUUCAUCAAGAAGGAAAAACCUAAAAGCCCACGGCGUAAGGCAGUAGACGACGACUGUCUGAUCGUGGGUCUGGGCCGCGAUGCCCUCAAGCCCAGAGACAAGCCACGCAAGAGCCCAGACAUGCUUUGCCCACUCAAACAUGAAUAUUACAAAGAAGCUAUAACCAGGUUUUCAGAAGACUAUCCGAAAAUAGCUAAGCAACAUAUGACCAAAGAUAUAGAUCCAGUCCCUAUUGAAAACGAUUUACAAGAUCUGAAUAGAACGGAGUAUCUUGUCAAAUAUUGUUCCAGAGAGUUACCCUUCAUGUCGGUGAACCUGGCACGACGGGCUCGUGCGCUGCAGACCCUGCGGCUGCCAGACGACGUGGAGAUACCUGACACCAGCCAGCGCGGUAGCUACCGGCAUCCCGCGCCGGAGAAGUACGCUGAACUUCCCGCCAAGAUGUCUAUGAAGCCUAAAUUUGAUGACUCGCUGACAAGAGAACUACGUCGUAUACUGCGUGUGACAACGGGUGACACGACUUACGAUGUGUGUCAUGGUCUGCUGGCCAAGGUGGUACUCAACAAGAACCCCUUCGGACCCCCGCGAGAGGAGCCGAAAUACGGCAGAUGGAAGACGCCGUUUACAUAUACUUACUACGUAUAAAUGCUUUCUUGUUCAUUUCAUGUUGACUUUCAAAAUUUCUCUUAUAAUCGUAAUACAAAUUGUUUGAAGUUUUUAAAUAAAUGCUUAAAUAAUCAA